UGGCUGCAACUCACUUUGGCUUCUGCCCGAACCUCCUGGAGCACACUGUAUCGGCCGAGAAUCUCAGUUACCGCCUGCAGAGGACUUCAGGCGGCAAUCUCACCUGGCAUGACGGGCGAAGCCAGAGGACAGCUGGCGGGAGACCUGUCAAACUCCUUCAGCAACCAGGGACUGAGAACUCCCAGAACCGCACUUAUGAACAGUACGGGAUCUACCACACCAGCCCUACCUUGGGCAGCCUUACCAAGCCGGUGGUGCUAUGGACCCAGCAGGAUGUGUGCAAAUGGCUGAAGAAGCACUGCCCACACAAUUAUCUCAUCUACGUGGAGGCCUUCUCACACCACGCCAUCACAGGUCGGGCCCUCUUGCGGCUGAACGGGGAGAAGCUGCAGCGCAUGGGGAUUAUCCAGGAGUCUCAGCGACAGGAAGUGCUCCAACAGGUGCUGCAGCUUCAGGUGCGGGAGGAAGUCCGCAACCUACAGCUUCUCAGCCAAGCCUCUUUUGGAAGUAUCUCCUAA